AUGGCGACCCAUGUGGACCAGCUGCCCAGCAGAGCGAGGGUGCAGAGCAGCGCGCAGCCAGGCAGUGUCUGCGCCGCGGUAGACACGGCCUCGCCCAGGGAGCGGCACUGGCCGGGCCGCCAGCGAGACGCCCCUGUGCUGUCCUGUGCCAGGAGACUAGCAUGUGGACCAGCUGCCCAGCAGAGCGAGGGUGCAGAGCAGCGCGCAGCCAGGCAGUGUCUGCGCCGCGGUAGACACGGCCUCGCCCAGGGAGCGGCACUGGCCGGGCCGCCAGCGGCGAGACGCCCCUGUGCUGUCCUGUGCCAGGAGACUAGCAUGUGGACCAGCUGCCCAGCAGAGCGAGGAGCGAGGGUGCAGAGCAGCGCGCAGCCAGGCAGUGUCUGCGCCGCGGUAGACACGGCCUCGCCCAGGGAGCGGCACUGGCCGGGCCGCCAGCGAGACGCCCCUGUGCUGUCCUGUGCCAGGAGACUAGCAUGUGGACCAGCUGCCCAGCAGAGCGAGGGCGCAGAGCAGCGCGCAGCCAGGCAGUGUCUGCGCCGCGGUAGACACGGCCUCGCCCAGGGAGCGGCACUGGCCGGGCCGCCAGCGCUGCCCAGCAGAGCGAGGGUGCAGAGCAGCGCGCAGCCGGGCAGUGUCUGCGCCGCGGUAGACACGGCCUCGCCCAGGCAGCGGCACUGGCCGGGCCGCCAGCGAGACGCGCCUGUGCUGUCCUGUGCCAGGAGACUAGCAUGUGGACCAGCUGCCCAGCAGAGCGAGGGUGCAGAGCAGCGCGCAGCCGGGCAGUGUCUGCGCCGCGGUAGACACGGCCUCGCCCAGCUGCCCAGCAGAGCGAGGGCGCAGAGCAGCGCGCAGCCGGGCAGUGUCUGCGCCGCGGUAGACACGGCCUCGCCCAGGGAGCGGCACUGGCCGGGCCGCCAGCGAGACGCCCCUGUGCUGUCCUGUGCCAGGAGACUAGCAUGUGGACCAGCUGCCCAGCAGAGCGAGGGCGCAGAGCAGCGCGCAGCCGGGCAAGCGAGGGCGCAGAGCAGCGCGCAGCCAGGCAGUGUCUGCGCCGCGGUAGACACGGCCUCGCCCAGGCAGCGGCACUGGCCGGGCCGCCAGCGAGACGCCCCUGUGCUGUCCUGCGCCAGGAGACUAGCAUGUGGACCAGCUGCCCAGCAGAGCGAGGGUGCAGAGCAGCGCGCAGCCAGGCAGUGUCUGCGCCGCGGUAGACACGGCCUCGCCCAGGGAGCGGCACUGGCCGGGCCGCCAGCGAGACGCCCCUGUGCUGUCCUGUGCCAGGAGACUAGCAUGUGGACCAGCUGCCCAGCAGAGCGAGGGCGCAGAGCAGCGCGCAGCCAGGCAGUGUCUGCGCCGCGAGCGAGGGCGCAGAGCAGCGCGCAGCCAGGCAGUGUCUGCGCCGCGGUAGACACGGCCUCGCCCAGGGAGCGGCACUGGCCGGGCCGCCAGCGAGACGCCCCUGUGCUGUCCUGUGCCAGGAGACUAGCAUGUGGACCAGCUGCCCAGCAGAGCGAGGGCGCAGAGCAGCGCGCAGCCAGGCAGUGUCUGCGCCGCGGUAGACACGGCCUCGCCCAGGCAGCGGCACUGGCCGGGCCGCCAGCGAGACGCCCCUGUGCUGUCCUGUGCCAGGAGACUAGCAUGUGGACCAGCUGCCCAGCAGAGCGAGGGUGCAGAGCAGCGCGCAGCCAGGCAGUAGCGAGGGCGCAGAGCAGCGCGCAGCCGGGCAGUGUCUGCGCCGCGGUAGACACGGCCUCUCCCAGGGAGCGGCACUGGCCGGGCAGCCAGCGGCGAGACGCGCCUGUGCUGUCCUGCGCCAGGAGACUAGCAUGUGGACCAGCUGCCCAGCAGAGCGAGGGCGCAGAGCAGCGCGCAGCCGGGCAGUGUCUGCGCCGCGGUAGACACGGCCUCUCCCAGGGAGCGGCACUGGCCGGGCAGCCAGCGGCGAGACGCGCCUGUGCUGUCCUGCGCCAGGAGACUAGCAUGUGGACCAGCUGCCCAGCAGAGCGAGGAGCGAGGGUGCAGAGCAGCGCGCAGCCAGGCAGUGUCUGCGCCGCGGUAGACACGGCCUCGCCCAGGGAGCGGCACUGGCCGGCCCGCCAGCGAGACGCGCCUGUGCUGUCCUGUGCCAGGAGACUAGCAUGUGGACCAGCUGCCCAGCAGAGCGAGGGUGCAGAGCAGCGCGCAGCCAGGCAGUGUCUGCGCCGCGGUAGACACGGCCUCGCCCAGGGAGCGGCACUGGCCGGCCCGCCAGCGAGACGCGCCUGUGCUGUCCUGUGCCAGGAGACUAGCAUGUGGACCAGCUGCCCAGCAGAGCGAGGGUGCAGAGCAGCGCGCAGCCAGGCAGUGUCUGCGCCGCGAGCGAGGGUGCAGAGCAGCGCGCAGCCAGGCAGUGUCUGCGCCGCGGUAGACACGGCCUCUCCCAGGGAGCGGCACUGGCCGGGCCGCCAGCGAGACGCCCCUGUGCUGUCCUGUGCCAGGAGACUAGCAUGUGGACCAGCUGCCCAGCAGAGCGAGGGCGCAGAGCAGCGCGCAGCCAGGCAGUGUCUGCGCCGCGGUAGACACGGCCUCGCCCAGGGAGCGGCACUGGCCGGCCCGCCAGCGGCGAGACGCGCCUGUGCUGUCCUGUGCCAGGAGACUAGCAUGUGGACCAGCUGCCCAGCAGAGCGAGGGCGCAGAGCAGCGCGCAGCCAGGCAGUGUCUGCGCCGCGGUAG